GAGGGCAUAUAUAAAGCAGCUCACUGGGAGACUUCAAAUCAGUUCUUGAUAUACAGGCGCAAAAUGAUCAGAUUGUGGGCAAUAGUAGCUAUUCUAGCCUUGGGCUGUGCUAUGGCGCAAGAAGCGGAUGAACCCAAGUGCGGAGCUUGUCAGAGCGGAAACGAUGCCCUCUGCGUUACGGAGACUUCAUAUUACAAUUGCUUUGAUGGUAACAAAUACGGAAAUGAGAUUGAAUGCGAUGACGGCUUCGUUUGCACCAAUGCCGAUUCAAUAUGCGUGAAGAAAACUGAACUCGAGGAACUCCCUGACUUAGUAAAUGUGUGUGGCGGCGGCUCCAGCGGCUGCGGGGUUUGCUCCACUAAUCAAAAGUACACCUGUGUCAGCAAGAAUCAAGCCGGCCGUUGUAUUAAUGGCAAACUAUCCGCCGUAGUUAAUUGCAAAGAGGAUGAGAUAUGUGUGGCUGACAUUGGAUUCACAGACGUUUCCGUCUGUGUGCCACAGUGUGCGGCGGACUAUUUGAAAAAGUCGCCCACCUGCAGUGAGGAUGUUGGCUACUCCACAACAACUGCGGCGCCAGCCUCAACGAUCAGUCCAGCUGACCGAGUAGCCAUCUGCACGCGGGAAUCAAGUGGAGUUACCACAUUGUUUUUCUAUGCUUAUGCCGAUUCGACAUGCAAGUCCGCAGUGUACUGCCAGAGGAACAGUCUUACCAGCACCGAUUGGGUUACCUUGACAAGAACAUGCCCAUCCUCCACGCCGUAUUUCGAUACGCGCACCAAAAAUUGCGUGGCUACCAAGCCGGCUAGUUGUCCCCAAUAGUCCCAAUAAGAAAUUUCAGUUCCAUUAACAUUUGCUAUUCAAUUCAUGAUGCUUUAACUCGAUUUAUAUAACAAAAGUUCUUAGAAUACGGGUCACAUAUUCAUCAAAAUAUACAAUAUUAAAUACUAAUUCAAAAUGUAAUGUUUAAAUUUGUAAUGAGUUCAAUAUCUGAUCGAUUUGAUGUA